UCAUAUCUCUCUCUCUCUCGUGAGCUGUCAAGAGACUAGCUUCUAUUGCAGGAGGCAGGGACUUACUUAUACUCUCACUGGCUGCAGGUGGUGGCUUGGGAAUAACCUGGCCUGUGAUAAUUUGUUUAUUUUUACCUCAUUCUCUCUCUGCCUCUCUCUCUUUCUUCCAGCCAUUUCCUUAAAGAAUGUCAGGAGACUCCUCCUCCUGGUUUGAGAGUUGGUUAAGGGACCUCAGUCUGGAUGAGUACUCUCCAUUACUGAGCCAGCAUAACCUCAAUACACCUUCAGCUCUUAAUGGAGUGACAAGGGAACACCUCAAGGCUAUUGGUAUUACAAAACUAGGUCAUCUCAACAGACUGUUAAAAGCUAUUCAACUUCUUAAAGAUGCUCAAUCAGUAACAGCUCCUAGUCCAGCAGCAGCUACUAACACUGAUGAUGCUAGUACUGGCCCUCCUCCUAAUCCUUCUGAUAAUGGAGCUGCUCCUUUUAGUCAGCCUGUCUCUGUCCAGAGACCUCCUUCAAUGAGUUCCAAUGGUUCCCUACCUACAGCUGGUCCUCAGUCACUAGUGGUGCCCCCUGUACCAAUGAGGAGGUCAGUAAAGAGGAACACUUCAUCAGGAGGGUUGGUGCCUUUGACCACACCCUCUGAUCAGACCACACCUACUAAUCCUAGUCUGUCUCCUAAGCCAAUGAAGAGAACUCGUUCAUUAAUAAAACCAGUUGAAGGAACUGGUCAGACUGGUAUUAAUAAAGGGGCUACGUUACCUGUACAGCGCUCCACUCAAGUGGGUGUGGUCAAAGAGGAACUGGGUGGAGCUAAUAGCGAGCCUAAACCUGACCUUCCUGAAGUACUGUCAAUUGAAGAGUCACCUCCUCUCCCUCCUCCUCCUCUCUCUAACAGCAGAUCAGGAUCUUUGGCACCGGCCCCCAGGGGAGCUAAUCGUUAUGUGAAUAUUGGCCCCCGGGGGACGCAAACAUUACCAAAUAGAGUGAGUGUUAGUUCAAAAGGAGACCUCACUCCUCCUCCUCCCCCUAGACGCUCCUCGUCCAUUAAAGACCAAACUAGAAACUCUAUUAGUUCAAUUCCGCCACAAGAACCAAUAAAAGAAGAAACCACUGAUCAUGUAACCAAUGUACCAACCGAUGUACCACAGUUACCACCUAAGGCCGUACCAUUGUCCCAGUAUCCUCCUUCUCUACAGCCGCAGGUUGAGUCAUGGGAUGAUUUAUUAAAAGGAGAUAUUAGUAAUAAAACCACACCCACCACAACCGAUCCAUCAAUUGAUAUACUAGCAUCUCUCCCUCCGUUAUUAGAAGUGGACAUGUCCCUCCCUCCUCCUCCUCCUCUCUCUGAGUUACCUCCUGAUCCUCCUAUCAGUGCCCCACCCACUACCUCUCCCCCUCCCCUACCCUCUAAUGAUAAUGAUACCAAUACUUCCCCUCCUCCUCCCUUACCCUCUGAUGAUCAUCAUAAUGGUAUAAUUACUGAUACUUCUUCUCUCUCUCCCCCUCCUCCCCUACCCUCUGAUGCUCCGCCCACUUCUCCUCCCCUUUCUCCUGAUCCCCUCCCUCCUGUACCAGCCCAGGCUCCGCCCCCUAUUCCUCGUCGUGUGGUUCAUUCCCUCCCUCCUCCUCCUCCUCCUCCAAUCACUGAUGAUGAUUAUCCUCAAGAAGAGGUUGUCACAGUAACCUCCCCCAUUAGUGAUUCCAGUAUCACUCUUGGUUCAGAUACUCCUGAUUCAGUGGCCACGCCUACCCAGAGACUAAGAAUUGUCCAAUCACCUUUCAUUAAAGACGAUGAUGAAAUUAACAUAGCAUUAUCACCUCAGUCUGGCUGCACCUCCUCCAGCCCCACCCCUCAGUCUGAAGAUGACGAGUAUUUGGAUAUGGAACUAGACGAUCCUUUGGCCCCUCCCCCUUUGUCUUCGCCCACCAGUGAACUGUAUGAACCAAUAGAGACACCGUCUGAAGUAGUGACUAAUGAAGUGGGUAUAGUUAAUGAUAAAGUGGAUGUGGCUAAUAAUGAACCGAUAUCCCAUAAUAUCAAACCAGUUCCUCCUUUACCACCUCGUACAGCUCAAGCUCCUCCCACUCUCCCUCCCCCUCCUCUCCCUCCCUCCUCCUCAGCUGAUGAAUAUGAGCCACUAGAUGAACCACAGGAGCCCAUUCUCCCUGGACCCGAUACUUAUGAGCCAAUGGAGCUGACAGAGACCACACCUCCUACUGCUGGGGAUACUUAUGAACCUUUUGAUCAACCCCCUCCCACUUUACACCAGACUCCUCCCACUAUUGAUCAGGCCCCACCCACUUUACCACCUCGUAUUAGUAAAGUACCUGAUCUUCCUCCUCCUCCUCUCCCUCCUCCAGUGGCCCCGCCUCCUUCCCCGCCCCUCCAGUCUGAUAAUACAUAUGAGUCUAUUGAUACUAAGAGAACUGUUGAGACUCCACCCACUUUACCUCCUCGUCCAGUCUCUGAGGCUCCGCCCCCUAUCGUACCAAUAGCUGAUUCAACUUAUGAAGCUAUAGAUUCUAAACCGUAUGAUAGAGACAUUGAUGUGGGUGGAGCUACUCCGCCCUCUUUACCACCACCUCGUUCAGCUGUGACUCCGCCCACUGCUGUAGUGACCCCACCCAUUGCUGUAGUGACCCCGCCCCCUGGUGGUGAAUAUGAAGCCAUUGAUUUUAAGCCGCUGGACCAAGGUGACCAAGGGCCCAAAAAAGGGCCAGCCCCUCCUCCCCUGCCAGUCCGAUCAGCUAAUACUCAGUUAUCAAGUCCUUCAAGAUUAUCAACUGUUCAUGAAGUGGCAGCAGGUAAUGAAGGGGGCGUGGCUCCAGUAGGUGUGGCUAGUGGUACUUUAACUUAUGAAGUGAUUGAUACUGAUACUCCUCGGAGACUCCCACCACCUCCUGCUCCUCCUCCAUCUUCUACGUAUGAAACCGUCAUUUCAGACACUCCCUCCACCCCUCCCUUUUCAACCACUGCCCCUCCUCUCAAGACAAUGAGCUCCCCUAGUAGAUCCAGUGGUCUCUUUACCCAGUCUUACCCUGAAGGAGGAGGAGGGGCUGAUACUACUGAUGGACUCAGCCCAUUGAGGAGAUUCACUGACAAUAAGAAACCUGCCAGAGGUAAAGGUCAGUUCAUGUCGGUCAAGGAUCUUGCUAAAGAUCUUGAGAAAAAGGAAAUGGAGAAGCAAAUCAAAUCUGCUUUAUCUGAGAGCGACGUUAUAAACAUCAGAGCUGAUGAAACGAUUUCUCCAGCAGCUUCAAGAGCGCUUUCAAUUUUAGGGGUCCCGCCUACUAAAGAAGGAUACUUAUUCAAGAAAGGAGGUAAGAGGAAUGACAAACCCUAUCAAAGGCGCUGGGUUGUGUUUGAUGGUGAAGACUUGAAAUAUUUCAAAGCAAAAGGAGAGAAAGAAUCUGAUGCUCGUAAUAAUGUGAAGUUAUCAGAGAUGAUCGACAUUAAGAGAGUAUCUGAUCCCGACCAUAACUCAAGGUUUGAUCUGGUGGUUAUUAACAGAGUGUUCCAGUUCUAUGCUGAUAAUGAUGACGAGGCACAACUUUGGGUCAGCGUCUUACAUGCUGCAAUCAGCAAAUAUAACCCUCAAGAUGAGCAGUCUUGUAAAGUAGGAGGCAACAUGAACGAACCUGAUAAAGAAGGAUUCAUCAUGAAACAAGGACACGGGAGGUUCGCUGGGUUUAGACAAAGAUAUGUGGCACUGAAAGGAGCUAAGUUUGCUUAUUACGACAGCAAAGAGGAUUUUGUUCAAGGGAAGCCAAUCCAUGUGCUUGAUAUGAGGCUGGCGAUGGUUAAACCUGAAGCAGGUGGAAAGAGCCGAUUUACAAUAACAAUGCCAAACCAGAGAUCAUACAUUUUUCAAGCGUCCAAUGAAGCCAACAGGAUGGAAUGGAUUGAGAAACUGUCCAAUGCCAUAUUGACUGGACUGAACCUGGCACCUGAACAGAAGGAGGGAAAGAAAGGAGUGAGGGCAGCUGAUAUACUGGAAAGGAUACAGAAGAAUCCUUCCAAUAAGAAAUGUGCCGACUGUGGUGAUGAAGAUCCAUCAUGGGGUGUGGUCAAUAGAGGUAUCAUGGUCUGUAUUGAGUGCUCAGGAGUCCAUAGAGCAAUGGGAGUUCAUAUAUCUAAAGUUAGGUCUGUCGAACUGGACACUGAGAUAUGGACCGACACACUUAUCAACUUGAUGGUCACUAUUGGUAAUUAUUCUGCAAACUUGUUUUGGGAGAGACACUUCAAAGGUGAGAGGAUACCGACUGAUUGUCCUAGAGAGAUUCGUGAGUCCUUCAUUCGCUCAAAGUACGAGAGCAAGUCCUGGGUACCUGAUAAUGCACUGGCCGACCAGGAGGAGCUGAAUAUGGCGUUGUGUUCGGCAGUGAUUGAUGAUGACCUGAUGUUAACUACAGAAUUACUUGUUAAAGGAGCUAACCCUUGUUGUAAUGUUAAAGAUAGUUCUGAUCCUGAACUAAACACACCUCUUGCUAUAGCAAGGUCCAAUAGUCAGCCAUUACAAGUUGAACUGUUGGAACAAAAUGGAGCACUAGUUGACAUUAAUAAUGAUUCUUCAAUACAGACCAUUAGUAAAAGAGGGUAUCUACAUAAAACUGGUUCAGAGAGACUCGGCUGGAAGAGAAGAUACUGCACCAUUGACAACUUUAGAGGACUGGAAUACUUCAAGACAGACACAGACCCGGAAAUAUUGGGUAAUAUUGGAGUAAAUGAUAUCCUGGGGGUCUGCCAGUGUGAGGAUGAAGUCAAUGGGCGUGGUCAUUGCUUUGAAGUGAUCACAGCCGCUAGAGCCUAUCUGUUCUCAGCUGAUACUGAUACUGAUAUGAGUGAUUGGAUCAGUGUCGUCAGACAGGUGAUUCCUAAUGAUGCUGGAGACAAACUGGGUUAUGAUAAAAUAGGUUUCUUAAAGAAGAAGUCACUGAAGAACGUGACUUGGCAGAGGCGGUGGUUUGCCCUAAAGGACAGGAAGUUGAGCUACUUCAAGAAAGGACAGGGAGAGGUGACCUCCAUUGACCUGAGGACAGUCACUGAACUCAAGGGACACUCGUCUGACCCUAGCGCUAACCUUGACCAACAGUGCACUGUACAUAUUGUCACUCAUGAGAGGUCGUACACAUUGAGAGCUGAUAAUCCUAAUGAAGCUGACCAGUGGUUACAAGCACUCAAGCAGACUCAGAUGUCAGUCCAAUUGUCAGAGCACCCUGUUAUAUCCAGUGGCAAUAUUCCAAUCAUCGUACACAAGUGUCUUCAGUUUGUUGAGAUAUCAGGACUCAAGACCGAGGGAUUGUAUCGUAAAAGUGGUGAACACUCUAAGAUACGUAAGCUCCUCCUGGCUUUUAAUCAGGACCCAAGGGGUGUGGUCAUUGACGAGGACAGCUACUCAGUUCAUGAUGUAACUGGAACACUCAAACAGUUCUUCAGGACACUACCUGACCCACUGAUGACUCACAAACUGUAUCAACCAUUUCUACAUGCUUCAUCGAUGACAUCAGGUCAUGAGAACCAGAUGUACCAGUUACAGUCUCUGAUUGAUCAGCUGCCUGACGUUAACAGAGAAACACUCAAGAGACUAAUAGGACACUUAUUGAAAGUGAUCCAGCAUGAAUCAGAUAACAAGAUGAGUCAGUCCAAUAUUAUUAGUUUAUUUGGUCCCACUCUCAUGACUGUUGAUGGAGAUGCUGUAUCAUUUGAAGACUCAGGUGCCCAGUAUGCAUGUAUCAAUCACAUGUUGAACUAUUACAAGUGGCUGUUUAACGUCAACGAGGAUGAGGACAAGAAGGAAGAGGCAAUGCAAUCAGCUCUGUUAAAGAUUCAAGCAGCACAGCAACAGCACAAGGAAUCAACAAUGUUAAUGAGUUCAAGCACCAGUUUCCUGAUAUCAAUAUACGUCACUAAUAAAGAGGGUGGGGCUUGUUCUAUGAAGAUUAAUGCUCAGACCACUGCAGCUGAAGUGGUUGAGUUUGUUACUACAACAAAAUGUCUACCAAAGAGGAACUACGCACUGUUCCUGGUACUGGGUGACGCUGAAUCAGAGCGUCCAUUACAUUCACUGGAGCUGGUACUAGCAGUACAGAAACCUGAUUCUUACUUGUGUAUAAAACCUAACACCUUCGCUGAUAAAUUACUGCCUUUCGAUGGUAUUUAUAAAGGACAGACAGUGUCCAUUCAUGUACAGGAGAAGAAGAAGUGGAGGAAGUGUCCCUGUAGAGUUAGGGAUAACAUGUUCCUCAUUUAUAAAGAUGCAAAAGCUCAUAAUGAAUUGGCAAGACUAGCUCUAUCAGAUUUAGAUGUGUUUGUUGGAAUUGAACAAAAGAGGAUUGACGUUCGGAACCCUCUGCCAACUCGAUACCCAUUCUGUCUGCUGGUUCGGUUUGAGGAACAGAACAAGUUCCUCUGUGCUGACUCAGCAGACGAUAGACUCCUCCUCCUGGCUGCCAUCAUAUUUGCUAAAUUUCCCGAUGGUAUUCAAACUCCACUGAUGCCGGUAAAGACCACACCUACUCAUUUCGACAGUAGAAACAGAGGAAUUAGCAUAUUGAAUCCAACGCAGUCUUCUCCUCACACGUCGCCCACUCACGGAAUGAAUUUAUCAGUCAGUUAUAAUCCACAGCCUGUUAUUCCAAGAGGUGUGGUCUCCCCCAGUAAGGUUGGUACUCUAGACCACAGUGUCAUUUCGGAACUUAAAAAGAGGAACAGUUUAAGUCCAGAUCAUCUUCUUAGUUAGCAUUUAUAAUUAUUAUAUUUAUUGAAAUAAUUACUGAUUUUUAAUUUAUUAUUGUUAUUAUUUUAUUGUUGUUUUGAUUUUAAUUUGUUUGUUUGUUGAGGAUAAUGUUCUAUUUUAUUCUAAUCACUUAUUAUGA